CAAUAUUAGGAGGACUGCAACACACUUCCCGUUAUUCAAAGCCGCGUCCCAUACCUUCUCCUUUUCCUCUGUACAUACAUACAUACGUCUCUAUCUCUCUCUCUCCAUAUAACAAACACACACACACACACACACACAGCUGCCUGAUUAUUUUUUAACCUGUCCAAAUUUCUUUGAUUUGCGGUGCUCGCCAUGUUUCUUUGAGUGACAAAGAUUGGCAUCUUUGCGCGUGUCCCAUUCUCUUCUCCAACCCUGUUGAAAAGGUUUACUAUUUCAAAAUUAUACUUGAAAACUCUGAUGGAGGUUAAGCUAUGGAAUGACAAGCGUGAAAGGGAAAUGUAUGACAACUUUGGUGAGCUCUUUGCGAUUAUCAAAGCGACAGAGAAGCUAGAGAAGGCUUAUGUUCGUGACAUCGUUUCACCAGCUGUAUAUGAAACUGAGUGCCAGAAACUGAUUGCUCAGUUCAAGACCUUAUCUUCUACAUUGAAAGAUGCUGUACCUAACAUUGAGCGAUUUCAUGACACCUACAAAAUGGAUUGCCCUGCUGCACUAAACCGACUUGUGAUCUCUGGUGUGCCAGCUACUGUAGAGCACCGAGCUGCUGCUUCAAUGUCAGCUGUAACUUCAGCUGCUGUUGUGGCCGAGUGUGUGCAGAAUUUCAUCACUGCAAUGGACUCGUUGAAGUUGAACAUGAUUGCAGUUGACCAGGUCCAUCCCCUGUUGUCAGAGCUCUCAUCUUCCCUCAAUAAGCUGUCGAUUCUGCCGGUGGAUUUUGAGGGAAAGACAAAGAUGAGAGAGUGGCUUUCAAGGUUGUCGAAGAUGGGGGCUGCAGAUGAGUUGACAGAACAGCAGGCUCGUCAACUCCACUUUGAUCUGGAAUCCUCGUACAAUUCUUUCAUGGCAGCACUGCCCACUGAUGGAGCUUAGUUGACUAUUUCAAUAGGUGGUAUGUUUGUAUAUAAGAUUGUUGUUUCAUUUAGCAAGCUCUUAACACACAUGAUUCUAUCUUUGAUUGGAGUGCUGGUAUAUGAGUAGAAUAGUCAUCUAUAUUUUGGGACUUCAUACUUGUUAGAUAAUUGUUAGACUGGUGGUGGUACCAUUUUGGAUACUAUGAACUCAUUAUGGAUCGCUCUUAUAUCAGUCUAUAUGCUGCUUGUGCUAGUUUAGUUAUAUUCUUGGAUUCGAGAGAGCUUUAUGCUUUUGUAUAUCAAUGGUAAACUAUCUCUCUUUUGAUG